AUGACCUCUUCCUCACAGCUUGAGGUGUUGAAGGGUACCACCAGAGCCCUGCAACUGGCUGACUGGGGCCAGGCGGGUGUGGAUGGUGCAGUUAGAGCAGGGUGGGAUCUCAGGAAACGUUGCUGUGUGAUGCCUCCUGUUUCCUCGGGUCCUUCUCCUGUCAUCCACCGAGAUGAAUGGAUGGACGAAGGGCCCAACAAGGUCCUAAUAGUGGCCACUGAUGUGAGACCCUGUCCCUCUGUCUUCAGGUAUCGUGUAAACUUCAGGCCCAGAUUCGUCACUAGGUACAAGACAGUGACCCAGUUGGAAUGGAGAUGCUGUCCUGGCUUUAGAGGAGUAGACUGCCAAGAAGGUCCCAGAGACCCCCUGAAGAUCCCCCGGCCCCCACCUGCUCGACCAAGAAAUAACUUGAAGAAAGCCACAGAUAUUGAUCCAAGCCGAGUCUCACAGCCUAAGGAAACUUUGUCACCGACAGAUGCAGCAGAACCAGGUCAGGUAGCGGAUCCAAAGCAAGGUAUUCCAGAACUUCAGCAAACGAAAGUUCAGGUGCUGGAGGAGAAGGUGGUCCGACUCACCAGGAUGGUCCUGGAUCUUCAGUCCUCCAUGGCAGGACUGAGGGAGAACCUCAAACACACCAUUCAAGACGAUGGCAACAAAGGGCCAGCCCCGUGGCUUGGUCACCUGCACCCGCAGCAGCCAACCCCUGACAGCACCUCUGUGGGAGACACAGAGCCAAGUCAGCUUCCUGGCCUCCUCAAUAACAAGGAAUCUGGCAUGAAGGACAUCAAGUCUGAAUUGGCUGAAGUCAAAGACACACUGAAGACCAAGAGUGAUAAGCUGGAAGAGCUUGACGGGAAGGUAAAGGGCUAUGAAGGGCAGCUCAGGCAGUUACAGGAGGCUGCCCAGGGUCCCACAGUCACCAUGACAACCAAUGAGCUGUACCAAGCCUAUGUGGACAGCAAGAUAGAUACCCUAAGAGAGGAGCUCAUGGAAGGCAUGGACCGGAAGCUGGCCGACCUGAAGAACACAUGCGAGUACAAGCUGGUAGGCCUGCAGCAGUGUGAUGACUAUGGGAGCAGCUACCAGGGGGUGAUAGACCUGAUCGGGGAGAAGGAGGCCAGCCUGAGAAAAGACAUCGCCGACCUUCGAGCCCGGUUGCAGGAUCCCUCAGCCCAACCAAGUUGCUGUGACAGCCAAAAGAAUGGUGACUUUGGCCAGCAGAUCAAGACAUUAGACCAGAAAAUCGAGAGAGUUGCCGAGGCCACCAGGAUGCUGAAUGGACGGCUGGACAAUGAGUUUGACCGCCUCUCCAUUCCAGAGCCAGAUAUGGACUUCGAUGCAAGGUGGAACGAGUUGGAUGCAAGGAUCAAUGUUACCGAGAAGAAUGCAGAAGAGCAUUGCUUCUACAUCGAGGAGACCCUCCGGGGGGCCAUCAACGGUGAGGUGGAGGGCUUGAGGCAGCUUCUCAGUCAGAAAAUUCAUUCCCUGGAAGACCGUCUGGGGACUGUCCUGCAAGUGGCCAAUAGCUCUGACGUGGAGCUGACACCGGUGGGCCCUGCCUUGCCCGGGCAGCCAGAGGCAGGGAAUGCACAGGUCCUAAUGGAGUUGAACCGCCUGAAGGACAAAGUUCAAGUGGUUGAGGACAUCUGCCUGCAGAGCCUACCUCAUGGGAUAGAUGGUACUUUACCGAGUGGAGAGGACCUCACACAUGUCAGCCCGAGCCUUUUGGAAUCCCUCAACAACACGAUGCACAGGCAGUUCCAAGAAACGGGUCGCAGCAUCCAGAAACUUCGGGAGGACUUCCACUCUCUUCUGAAUCACUCAGAGUGCAAGGGGAAUUGUUUGCCCAGCAGAAUGAGUGACAGCGGAACAGGCGACAGUGCCGAGGCAAGCGGGUUUACUAAGUCAGGGAAGCAAGAGAGGACAGUGGGGACUGUCCCAUCUGCUGGGGCCCCUGUGGCUCCGUGCUGCGGCCAGCUGGAGGAGCGCUGGCAGAGGCUGCAGAGCCAAGUGCUGGCUGAGCUGGACACAUGUAAGGAGAGUGCUCAAGGGGUUCAAAGUGGAGUGUCUGCGGUUGAGGGCAGGGUGUCUCAACUGGAGCAGACAUGUGGCAGGCUGGAUGCCAUCUCCGGGGGUCUUCAGAGGAUCAAGGAAGGCCUCAGCAAACAUGUGGGCAGCCUGUGGAACUGUGUCCGGCAGAUGAACGGGACGCUCAGGUCACACUCCAGAGACAUCUCUGGCCUCAAGAACUCUGUGCAGCAGUUCUACAGCCAUGUUUUCCAGAUCUCUACAGACUUGCAAGACCUGGUUAAGUUUCAGCCAUCAACAACAGAAGAACCCUCUGAACCACUCCCGCCACCAUCUGAGAAGACCCCACUAGAACCCACCAGCCCUUCAGAGGAGGCCCCCACUGAGCCACCCCACCUGACCCCACCGCCAGAGGACCCUGCCAGACCGCCACAGACAGGCCAGCGGCCAAUAUUGCCCCAGAGGCCCCUGCAGCCGCCACCUUUGCCUGCUUGGCCUGGCAGCUCAGGGUUGCCCCUCCUGCCUGGCUCUAGUGGGGUCAUCAUGGAGACUGGAGAAGCUGGGCCUCCAGGCAGGAUGGGGAUGGGCAUGUCCGGAAGGGGCCUGCCCCAGGGAGUGGACGGACAGAUGGGGCAGGGGCCCAUCCCUAGCUCGGAAGGCUAUGCGGGUGCGCCAGGCUACCCUAAGUCACCUCCUGUAGCCACCCCAGGGGUGCCACUGCCUGCCCUGGUGUCCUUUUCAGCCGGCCUUACCCAGAAGCCUUUUCCUAACGAUGGAGGCGUCGUCCUCUUUAAUAAGGUGCUGGUAAACGAUGGGGAUGUCUACAACCCCAACACUGGGGUCUUCACAGCACCUUACGAUGGGCGAUACUUGAUCACAGCCACCCUCACCCCCGAGAGAGACGCCUACGUGGAAGCUGUCCUGUCUGUUGCCAAUGCCAGUGUUGCCCAGCUGCACACAGCUGGGUACAGGAGAGAGUUCCUGGAAUACCAUCGUCCUCCUGGGGCUGUACACACCUGUGGGGGCCCAGGCGCCUUUCACCUCAUUGUGCACUUGAAGGCAGGAGAUGGAGUCAAUGUUGUGGUGACUGGGGGCAGGCUGGCUCACACGGACUUUGACGAGAUGUACUCCACCUUCAGUGGCGUUUUCCUGUACCCUUUCCUUUCCCACCUUUAG